GGGGCAGCAUUGCACUGACGCAAGGUUUAGUUGCCAAAGACCGACAAGAAGAAAAAAACGGAAUAACAAAACUGUAUUUCAACAUGGCUGCUGACAACGAUCCCGAGUCGGAGGUUUUUGAGAUAACAGACUUUACCACCGCGUCCGAAUGGGAGCGGUUUGUGUCCAGAGUUGAGGAAGUGCUGAAUGAGUGGAAGCUGACUGAAAACUACGUGGAAAAAACAUCUCCAGAAAAGGGUGCAUACAUUAAUGGCAGCUGGGGAGAGCAGUCUCUUGAUAUUCACUUUGCUGACUUUAAGUUCUACAUCACCCAUCACUUUCUGAAAGAAGAUUGUAAAAAGGAGAAUGGGAAGAGUGAAGAGGAUACCUUACCUUUGGCGAUGCAAGAUCUUCUGUGUAUGCACAACGACUUCCCUCCUCGAGCCCACUGCCUGGUCAGAUGGUACGGCCUGCGGGAGUUUGUGGUCAUCAGCCCUGGGGCGAACUGUGAAGCCAUCAUCAGCGAGUCCAAAUGCAACCUGCUGCUCAGCUCCGUCUCCAUGUCUCUGUCCAACAGCGGCUGUCAGGUCCCCAUGUUUGUGCAGAUCCAGCAGAAGUGGAGGCGGAUAUAUGCUGGCGAGUGCCAAGGCCCCGGCGUUCGCACCGACUUCGAGAUCGUCCAUCUGCGUAAGGUGCCGAGUCAGUACAACCACCUGUCAGGCCUCCUGGACGUCUUUAAGUCUAAAAUAGGCUGUAACCUGCUCCCUCUGCCUCCAGUCGACAUCGCUAUUCGCUACACCUACAUUCUGCAGGACUGGCAGCAGUCUUCAUGGCCGCAGCAGCCACCAGACUUUGAUACGCUGCUCGGCGGUGAAGUAGGAGGAGUGGAGUUUGGAAAUCUUCCCUUUGGAGCCUGCGAGGAACCAAUCAGUGAACUUCAUCUUGCAACCACCUGGCCUCACCUCACAGAGGGCAUCGUUGUAGAUAACGAUGUGUACAGUGACCUUGACCCUCUCCAAGCUCCUCAUUGGUCCGUUCGAGUUCGGACUGCUGACAACCUUCAGUGCUUACUGGGAGACUUUAUCACAGAGUUCUUUAAACUCUGCUGUCGGAAGGAGUCUGCAGAGGAGAUCCUGGGUAAAGGCAACGCUGAAGAAGAAGGCCAGGAAAACAGCGACAUCAGCUCCGCCUUGUCUAAGCUGACGGAGCCAGCAGCGCCGGUCCCAUUAAGCAAACUGUCCGUGUCCAGCAUGGUCCACAGCGCCCGGAGGCGCAUCCGCCGCCACCGGCACAUCGACGAGUCACCGCUUCACGUCGACGUGCUCAACUCGAUCCUCCUGUACCUCUUUCCUGAUGCUGCGGUGGAAAAGUCAUCAGACAAAGAGAAAACUACACAAGCAAACUCCUGCAGGACGUCUGAGCAAGAGAAGAGCCCAGAUGAUAACCUGUUCCUCCAGCUGAAGUCGGCGCCCUGUGACAGUCUGACCUACCGCCUGGCGUUGUGUCUCUGCAUGGUCAACUACAGCUACGGUGGCCUGGCGGCUGUCGCACACCUCUGGCAGGAGUUUGUCCUGGAGCUGCGCUACCGCUGGGAAAACAACUACCUCGUCUACGGGUUAACAGGCGGAUCUCCAGAUCUCCGCUGUUGUCUUCUGCAUCAAAAGUUUCAGAUGUUGAACUGCUGCAUAGAGAGGAAGAGGGCGAGAGAUGAAGCUCGCAAGGCACAGGAGGGAAACGGAGAGAGAGAGCGCAAAGUAUCCGGUGGAAGAGCUUCUGCGUCCACAACCAGAGGAACACCGCAGGGUAAAUCCUGGGACUCCUGGAGCGACAGCGAGGACGAGUUCUUUGAGUGUCUGAGCGACCAGGGGGAGAUGGAGUCUUCCCACAGCGAAGCAGGAAAGGACAGCAGCAAGCUGAAGGCGGACGGCAGGCUGCACCCCUACAACAACAUGACCCUGCUGCACUCUGCAGAGCUGCUCUAUGUCCCUGUUACCCAGGAGCCGGCCCCCAUGACAGAGGACCAGCUGGAGGAGCAGUCAGAAGUCCUGGCUAAGCUCGGCACGUCGGCUGAGGGGACUCACCUCCGUGCUCGCAUGCAGAGCGCAUGUCUGCUCUCUGACAUGGAGUCCUUUAAGGCAGCCAACCCAGGCUGCGUUUUGGAGGACUUUGUCCGCUGGUACUCUCCAAGGGAUUAUGUAGAAGAAGAAGUGGUCGACGAGAAGGGAUCCACUGUCAUCAGAGGAGAACUUAGUGCAAGAAUGAAAAUCCCCGGCAACAUGUGGGUGGAGGCGUGGGACACGGCCAGGGUGACCCCGGCACGGCGCCAGAAGAGGCUGUUUGAUGACACCAAGGAGGCAGAAAAGGUGUUGCAUUAUUUGUCGAUGCUGAAGCCUGGAGACUUGGCCCAUCACCUGCUGCCCUGCCUGCUUCAUGCUGCUAUUAUGAAACUGAAGCAGGAAGAGUCGGUAGAAAACAUUCCAUCAGUUGAGAAAAGCAUUCAGCAAGCUGCGAGUCAAGCCAACAAACUGCUGCACUCGGCUAACUACGACUACAAGAAGCUGGAGGAUUUUAUUAACCAGUUGGUCACCAUGGAGACGGUCAUCGCCGAAGCUCGCUCUCUCAAGGCCAAGUUUGCUGUCGAUGAGGAAGAGGAGAACGGUGAAGCUGCAGAGGAACUAGAGAAGUUUGUGACCUCGCUGCUGGAGGAGCCUGAGGUGGUGGUGCUUGGAGCUGGACAGGCUCGCAUCGGCAGAAUCAUCCACAGACUGUUUAUUAACGCUCAGCGGGCGGCUCUUUUGGCUCCAGUGGACGACAAUCUGGAACCAGCUGCUGAAAGCAGGAAGAUCCCAGACUUCCCUCCUCCUGCGGGCCGGGAGAUCCUGCUGAGGACGUGUGUUCCCCGACCUGCUCCGUACUCCAAGGCUCUGCCUCAGCGGCUCUUCUGCGUGCUGAUGAAGGAUGAGUUCAGGCUGGCGGGGGCCUUCUCUGCAGACACUUCAUUCUUUUAGCCGCUGCCUGGUGGAACGACCUUCACAUGCUUCACAUGCUGCCGUUUUGUUGCUUAACUCAUCCUUAACUGUUAGAAGAGGCGUCAGGUCUGGGUAGAGUGGUGGUCCCCCACUGGGAUGUUGGAGGCUCCAUUAGGAAGUGAAGAUGCGUUUGGUUCAAGAGCUUUUAAACCUAAAACUAAAGAGAUUAAAGUCAAAGUGAUUUAUCAGUAAAAGGUUUAGUUUGCUUGCAGUUUGAUCCACUGUGGACAUCCAGAAGUGAUCCGGUUACAGGUUUCCUUAUCAUAAUCAUAUCCUGACAUUAUUGCAUAUUCUGCACUUAUUCCAUACUCGCAGAAAUCUGCCAAAACAUUACAGUGAUACCAUAAGAGUCACUGUGGGGGAAAUGAGUAACUUGAUCCAAUCCAAUCCAAACUGGAACUUUGAUUUUUAGAUUUUUGGGAUGAUGGUCCAUUUCUCCACGCUAAAAUGAAACCAACAUAAAAUACAGAGAGCAAACCUGACGGGGAAGAAAUACGUCUCUCCAUCGCUGUGUGUGUGUGUUUUAUCAAUGUGCAGUAAUGAUCUAUGCCAUUUCACCAUGUCAUUAUUUUACUUCUAUCUGUACUGUACAUUUGUAAAACUGAAAUUAAAUGAAACGUCCAAAACGAA